CUCCUGCAGUCUUUCUUGUCGUCGUGUCUCGUGCUCGAGAAGGGCGUCCAGAGCGAGUUUGCACUGGUCUGCCGAGACAUGGUCGUCGAUAAGGUCUGUUACCCCCAUUUUGAAGUCGGCGUCGGCGUAGAGAAGGAGAAAAGACUGAGGGUGCCCGAUGGCAAGCAGAGGUCGCAGAAGCCAAUUGUAGGUGCCGCCUCCAGAGUAAAUUUCUGCGGCGAUCUUGCCACGUGCUACAGGCGCUUAAUAACAUGGUAGCAUUGGGGACUCGAGGAGUCGAGAAGGGGGGAAAGAUGAAAAAUCGGCCCGCUCGGAUUCACGGUCAUGCUCCACGCGAACACCCGAGGUCUCCUUACCCACGACGAUAACGCUCCCCGCGCUGCUCGUGUUGCGCAUGCACACCGACCAGCCUCGAGCUGUCCGACAUGUAUCUCGCCUCUGCACCUCUCAUUUCUCUCGCUUUCGCCCUCUCGGCGCUCGCCGCCCCCGACCUCGGUCGCCUGAAGCGUCCUCUCGAGCUCGUCGUCCUGCAGGACUGCGAGGGAACCUGCGACAUACUGACCUUGCGGGACGCGCAGCAUGUGCGCGGCCUGCCUCCCCGCGGCGUUCAUACUGGCAGGCUGCCGACCCAGUCAGGCCAAGAGCGCAUCAGCUUCGUUUCCUACGACGAACACACCCUCUGGCGUGCCGCACAAUCCCAGUGCGGCACCUUGGACACGGCCGCGCUCAUCCCAGACGACACCAGCCAAGCAUCGCAGCAGAGCGUGCUGACGAGCCCACAGCUGAAGUACUCCACCAACCUCGUAGGCAAGGCCCCGCCCAUGCAGGUUCACCGUCUCAUCAAGUCUGGCGACUCGAGCAACCGCGUCGAUCUCGUGUUUUUCUCAGACGGCUACACCGACGGCGAGCAUGCCAAGUUUCUUGAAGACGCGAAACGUCUUGCCGAAGACGUGUCGUACAACCAGACUUUCAACACCGUGAAGCCGCUUUUGAACUUCUGGGCUGCGUUCACGCCUAGCAAGGAGAGCGGCGUUGGUGUCGGUGGAAAGCCUAAAGACACGGUCUUCGGACUGUAUCGCGACGGCACCGAACUUCGUGGCGUAUUGUACUCCAAACCAGAGGUUGCCAGGGCUGCAUGCUUGUCCCUGGGAGAUGCAUGCGACUACCCGAUUCUCAUGGGCAACGAUCCGCUCUCCGGCGGGCUGGGAGGAGAAUUCACUGUCAUCACCCCGUCUCUCGCCAACGGCCCUCUGGUGCUCAGACACGAGCUCGGCCACUCCAUCAUCGAUGUCGGCGAAGAGUACGACGGCGGGUACGCCUACUUCGGCGUGAACGCCGCCGCGAACCUCUCCACCGUGCCCUGGGCGCACUGGCUCACCCCGUCCCCAACGACAGACGCGGCGCCAGCCGCAGCGCACAGCGAGCGCGCCGCGAUGCCGCUGCAGGCGUACGCGUGGACGCUGCUCAACACGAGCGCGCCGUGGACGGCGCGCUUCGCCGCGGCGGGCACGUACGCCCGGCACCUCGUCCGCUUCUCGCUGUCGGGCGUGCCCGCCGCGGCCGACCUGCGCGUCGCGCUCGACGGCGCGGACCUCGCCUGGGAGCCGCGCCCCGGCAUCGGCCGCGACCGCUGGCACUACGACGUCUACCGCGCCGGCGGGCUCGCGCAGGGCGCGCACGAGGUCGAGUUUGCGCUCGUGAACGCGGCGCGCGAGGGCGACGCGCAGAUGUGUAGUGUGGAGGUGUUGGAGUUUGGGGAUGAACAUGAGUUCAACGCGACCCCGGGGCACUACAGCAUGUACCCAACAUUCUCGCUCGAGAACACGACGACGUACCGGCCGACGAACGAGGACUGCCUCAUGCGCCAGGUCACGACGGCCGACUUCUGCAGCGCCUGCACCGAGGGCCUCUGGACCGCGCUCCUGCGCCGCGUCGACCCCAUCGACGCCCUCACCGCGCGCUGCACCCCCGGCGCCGCGCCCGGCACCGUCGACCUCGCCGCCGAGCUCCGCCUCGUGCCGCUCGCGGCCGCCCACGCAGACUCUGCGACGACUAAGGAGCAGGAGGCGGCGAUCGAGGGGGAGGAGGCGGCGAUCGAGGGGGAGGCGGCGGCAGGCGCGAGCUACACGGUCGCGUGGACGCAGGACGGCGCGGCGCUGCCGCGCUUCGCGAACGCGACGCGGCUCGCGGUCAGGGGCGUGCGCGCGGACGCGGUGUUCGCCGUCGACGUCGCGUUCGCGACGGACGAGGUGCGCGUCGACCGGGACGGCCUGCUCGCGUCGCACCGGGACAUGGCGCUCGCGGAGCUCUGCGCGCUGUGAACGCACUCGGUCGGACGGUUUUGGGAGGGGGAUACGGAUGUAAUAUUGUACCUAGGGUAUGGAGGCUGCUAGUGAGAGGUAUAGGUGAUUAGGGAUAAAGGAAGAAGGGUGUUAUUUCUAAACAUUGUACAAGCGAAAAUGUGAAUGAGAAGGGCCUGGACCGUGGAUAAUAAGCCAAUAAGUUGCGUGCGAGACGGGCGGCUGAAGAAGAAUGCGCGGCAGAGCGGGGUUACAGCACAACGGACGAAGAAAGGCAGCAAAAGUGGUAAGACACGGCCGUACGAGAGAACGCAGAAGAGUGCCCAAGCGAUAUUGCCGACAGUAAAAGCAAGAAGGGCUGACGGCAGAGAUCCAGGAGAGGUGCAGAGAGUCCACGCAUAUCGUCACAUGAUGACACAUUUGCAACACCCGCCUCCUCUGCUUUCAUCCUCCUCACCCACCUCACUUCUCGGCCGGUUGUCAGACGACGCCCGUAUGACACGGAUCUCUGGUAUUGGAACAGGCGCAAUGUACUGCGAGAAGGGCGCAGGCGACUCUGGGCGGACAGGACUCGUCGACAACCGUGGUGGUGGAGACAACGGCGCCUGCAGCAUUGGCGCCUUGUUGACCACCUUUGGUUGUGGCCCUGGCUCUAGCUCUGGUGGUGGCUGCUGCUCGUCGAUAGGAGCAAGAUCGUCAACGUCUUGAUCGAAGUCAUCCAUAAGUAUCUCCUCGUCGCGUGUAUCGGUUCGGCCACGGUAUUUCGAGUGGUCGAAGCCAAACGUGCCCGGAGCCGGCUCGAUGACACGCUUUGCACGCUGCUUUGGCUUCGGGGUGCCGUCAGCGGGCACGUAGUGGUCUUCGAGCCCCUUCUUGCGAGCGACUACCGGCAGGACCACAUCAUCCCAAUUACCAGACUUCGGCACCGGCUGAGUCCACGAGGGAACUGCGUGCAUGACGUCAUCUCCUUCGGGAGCAGGAUAUUGUGCGACCGACUCUCUCGACCGGGUGUCCUUCUUUAGCGUGGUCUUUGGCUUCGCUGGUGGUUUCUUGGUGCGCUUCGCAGGAGCAGGCGUAGUCGCCGCAGGACCCUUUGCUUUGCGCUUUGCGGCAGUCGUAGCAGCGGCAGGCUUAGGCGCAGCUUGAGAUAAGGGAGGAGGGGAGGCUUUGGGAGUAGGUGGAACUUCGAGCGGCGGGGGCGAUGCACUCGUCGGGGUGCCGGAGCGGGAGCCAGGAUUCCGUGAGGUAGGCGUAGGUAUUCGACUUUUGAACCCAGAGGCCUUAGAUCUACUAGUGUAGGAGAAUCACUGCGGUCUAAUGAGUGUGGGGGAGACACCGCGCCGUUAUCUCCUCCGUAUGCCGUAGUGUCCUCCUCAUAGUACUCCUCGUCCUCGUACGCCUCUUCGUCCGUGUCGAUAUCUGUUGGUGGCCUUUCGUUCAACACGAAUGAUCCAUGUCCCAGCUUACUAUCCUCGUCCAGAUAUAUGCUCUCCCUGGCACCCACGCUCUCUGCCCUCGACCUCGUCGUUGGACGACUGUGAGCAGCAUCCCUACCACGAGAAUUCGAGCGCGACCGUGACGAGGAGGAAAGGGCUGUUCGUGAAGACGCUUGUCGUAGCGUGUGGCCAUAGUUGGCGAUAUCUAGCAUCUCUAGCCGCUUGCCCACCCGGAGUUCGCCAACGCCUCCGUUACGUGACACGUCGCCGCGGUACCAAUGUUCGUACGGCCGCUCUUCAGAGUCGUUAGACAUUCGAGGGUAGUCGUCGUCAUAGCCGCGACGCGAGCUUGAGUUGUAGGGGGACCUCUCGUCCACCGACUCUGGCGCGCCUGACUGAGACGACUUGGCUCUCGACCGCGGACUAACAGAGGAUGGCUGGCGACCUUCUGCCACCGGCCAUAGAUCGGUGGCCAACUCAGGGCCGUAGGCAGCGCCGUUUGUCUUGUAAUGCCCGUUCCUGCUAUCGCCCCGUGUGUUCAUGGCCACGCUAUGCAAGGACGGUUGGUAACUGCUCGACACGCUGCCCGUGCGCCCCCGAGAAACUGGUAUUCGAGUUGAAUGCACGGAAGACGACAUUGGCGAGCUUGAGCGCGAGGUAGCAUCAGCCGGCAGCGGCGGUGCGCUUUGCGACAAUAGUGGCUCAAAGGGAAAUGGUUGUGAAACCGUGCGAUUACGCUGAAACGAGCCCGAACGAGCGCGGGAAGUGUCUGCCGUACGCGACUGCUGCAUGCUUGGUCGUGGAAUGGCGCUGGGUUUUGAAGAGGUUGGGGUAGCUGCUCUGUUUCUGGAGGCGAAGGUCGAGCUCGAAGCAAGGGAAGUGUCCGGCCCGUCUAUGGACGCAGCCGACAUUCGCUUUGCCAACAAAUGGCUUUCAGUCUCCAGACGCUUGCGCAGAGCUGGUACAAUUGCUUCAUCCCAGGCUGGUUCACGAGAGAAGGUAGAACGCGACGGAUGGAUCGUCGCAAGGGCCAUUUCCAGUGGAGAGAAGUAGGAUUAGUUGGCGCAAAUCCGUCCAGAUAAACAAAUGUCAGAGAAUUAAGAAAAAUGAGAGUGAGAAGUUGGACAGAACGGAGAAUGAUGAGCUCGAUGUCGGCAGCGGCGACCUGGAGGUCGCGAACCUUUUUCAAUAGG